CCUGCAACUUCUCAAAAUUAGGUCGGAUGGCGGGUGAUGGGUCGACGUUGCAGUACGAGCAAGCAUGGCGAUUUGCACUGGCUGGUACGUCCAACAUGUGUGCUGCUGCAGUCACCAACCCCAUUGAUGUGAUUAAGAUCCGAAUGCAACUGGACAAUGAGCUCACUAAAGGAGGGGGAAGUGUGUUCAAAGACCGUUACUACCAGGGCUUUCUAAAGGGAGGGGUUCGAAUAGUCCACGAUGAAGGUGUGCGAGGACUCUACAAAGGUUUACCAGCCAGCCUCAUGCGUGAAGGCAGCUAUAGCACCAUACGGCUUGGAGCCUACGAGCCGAUGAAGAAACUAUUUGGUGCCACAGAUCCAGCUCAUACACCGCUCUGGAAGAAGAUCUGUGCUGGCGCAGUCUCUGGUUCGAUUGGCAGUGCUAUAGCAACGCCCACUGACCUAGUCAAGGUCAGAAUGCAGGCCGAGGGCAAGCUGAAGACUGGUCAGUCAGCUCGAUACAACAGUACCCUCUCCGCCUUCUCUGACAUAGCAGCAGUGGAAGGCGUAAGGGGUUUGUGGACAGGGGUGGGACCCACAGUGCAGAGGGCAGCCAUUCUUACUGCAACACAGAUUCCAACCUAUGACCAUACCAAGCACACGCUGUUGAACUCUGGUCUGAUGACUGAGGGGAUUCCCCUGCACAUCACCAGCUCCAUGGUGGCAGGCUUCAUGACUGCGGUCACUACGUCACCAGUGGAUGUGGUCAAGACAAGAGUAAUGAACCAGAAAAAGAUGGAAGGAAAACAUGGCCAUCUUUACAAGAGCUCAUGGGACUGUGUGGUAAAGACGGUGAGAUCAGAGGGAAUUCUGGGAUUGUACAAGGGUUUUUUCCCCAACUGGAUGAGGAUUGGGCCACACACGAUUGUAACUUUCUUCAUCUUUGAACAGCUAAGAAAGGCUGUUGGGAUGGCCCCAGUGUGAAAAAAAAAUUCUUUCAUACGAAGAAUUCUUCUUUUUUUUUUUUUUUUUGAAAAAGAAAGCAACACUGCCAGUUUGAAAUUAUAAUCCUCUUGGGUGAUUUUUGAAAUGCGAUACCGGUUUAUGCAUGAUGUAGUCUGAAAUUUUACUUAAUAUUCAGUAGUUCAUGUUAUGAAACUGUGAUAUAAAGAAAACAAUAUUGAUAUUUUUGCAUAAAUAUUACAUAGUUUUCAUAUGCAUAAUACAAACUUUUUUUCUUUUCCUCUCUUUUUAUCUUUAUACAUGGUGAUCAGAAACGGAAUUCCAGUCUUUAGAAUUUGCAAUACAUUCCUAAACGUUUUCUUGCCCUGUUGCAGCUGAUACCAUUUUUAUGUGUUUCGUAUAAGAUGUCUUACUGAUGAAUAUCUGUUAAAUCAACUGUAUGCAUGUAUGGUAUGUUGCAGCUCUCAGUGCAACUACUAUAGGGUAUACAGUCUAUACGCAAUGUUUCUUAUAAUGUUUAUCUCCUGUGCUCGAUCCAAGUUUAGGUUAUUAAGUCUUAUUUCAUCUGGAAUGCCAUUUGGCUUUUAGCUUUUAAUUAGAAUGUAUUUAUUUACAAGGGUAAAAAGGUUAGUCACUGGUUCUGCUUUUUCCACACAAGUAAUGCAUUUAUUAAUUAAAAUAGCUACACGUACAUGUGUUUUACAUCUUGAAUAUGAAAUUUUGCAUUGUUUCUCAAGUUCUGCAGUUUUAAUGUUCGUCAAUACAGAUUAUGUUUCACAAUACAGUAAUUUCAUACCAUUUAUUAUUCUAGUCUAGAGGAGCAGCAAUAUACCAGAUCAGAUACACUAUACUCUAUCCUAGGACCCAUAAUUUGAUGGGCCCUCGCUCUUUAAGAAAGAGAUUAUUGAUGUUGUACUCUAUAUGCUUCAGUGCUCCUUUUUCCCCCCAGGUAACGUGGUUGAUAAAAAAAAAUUUAUUUUUGCUAUAGCAAAUUACAAUAUAAUGAUAAGAAAGUUUCAACAAUGUAUUAUUAUUUGUUAAUCUGAAAGUGCUUUUUUUAUGAAUGCUCAAAGACUGUGGUAUUUGAUUUGCUCACUUUCAAAUGGUGGUCCAGUUUAGAUCAUUUCCUAUCUUAUUCAAAUAUUACAUGCCUAUGUACUAUGUAAUGAGGUUUUUCGUUCUUUUAAGUGUGAUGCAUAAUUGACAAGUUUAAAUUAACUUCAAAUUGAAAUGUUUCAUUUGCAAUAUUUGUUACACAAUGAACUUAGUUAUGAUAAUCAUUUUUUCUUGACCUGUUCAAAUCUUGUUGACAAAUUAUGGAUAACAUAUUGAACACAUUUUCUAUAAAGAAUUUUAAAAGGCACCUCAGUGCCGGAAAUUGUUUAUUUCAACGAAUCUCUAAGUGCUCACUUGUAUAUGAAAAUAUUACUUAUAGAUUUUAUUUCCUUUUAUAGUGAUAUAUUGUUAAUAAAGGUUGGUGGGAGUUAAA